AAUUAAAAAAAAAAAGGAAUUCAAAGUUUGUGAUCAUAUACGACUUUCCCACAAGGGGGCGGACCGGGCACGUUUAAAAAUAAUCUUUGUUGAAUACAUCCGGGUCAUGUUUUUUAACUAAGAUGUAUUUUUGUUAUCUUUAUUAUUUGUAAUUCAAUAAUGGGGAAAAACUGCUCUCAAGCCAUGCAUUUAAAAUAUAACAGUAAAAGUAGUUUUAACAACGUUGAUUGUAGUUUUUAUACGCAUAACAUCCGGGUCAGAGUGUGUAGGUCAUGUAAGCUAACAGCUCUGAAAGUGUUGCCUUUGGUCUCUUACUUCCAACAAGAAGAUUGGUGUUUCUUGGUUUUUCUUCUUCAUGUCGUCAGUCAUGAUCAGGCCAGUACUGCUGCACAGGGUAACCUCCCACAUCCUGUCCUGCACCAGAGGAUCAUGUCUACUCACAGGUCGGAUAUCUUAUGGUGUGCAGCCUCAUUCAAGUCUCACCCCCAUUCAGCAGAACUUCCAUGCACCCCUGAUGCCUAAAAUCACAGCCCUGGCCAGGUACUCUGACCUGACAACAGAGAAGUACACUGUGAUUUACAACAUGCCGUACAUAAGGUUCCUCAGAGCUAUGUCCAGGCUCAAGCUGCUCCAAACCGCAGUCACCAUGGUCCUCUUGCCACCGGUGUACUUCUUCUACCUCCAUGGAGACGUCCCCUUCUUCCUCGUCGGCUACUCUACGGGGACAGCGCUGUUUGCUGGCGCCAUGCUGUUCACCGCCAGUCACUUCUCCAGGAGUGUGGUGGGGAGGAUGUACCUGGACCCCUCCCAGACCACCCUCAAAGUAUCACACUUGACAUUCUGGGGCCGGCGUAAUGAUAUCUACCUGCCUGUGUCAGAUGUUAUGACAAUUUCUGAUACAGGUGACACCGUAAAAGAGAAGAUAUUGAAACUAAAGACAUUCAGCACUCCACAGACAUUGUAUUUCUCCACUCAUUUUGGACAUGUGGUGGACAAACAGGGUUUUAAAAAGGUGUUUGGGAUUUGAUCAUUCCAUUUUUUGAAAAUGGACAGGUUGAGACAGUACUAGUCAACAGGUAGUGCUCCUAUUUGUUAAGCUUUUAAAUAUAACCUGUUUUGAGAAGGAUCUGUUCUGCAUUGAAAUUACAAUUUUAUGGGGGAAGGCUGACAUUGAUCUGUAAGUCGUUGUUUAUCUCAAGUCUCCACCAUGAAUAACAAGCCUCUUUAAAUAUUCAAUGAAGCCUGUGAUUGAUGAUUAAGGAAGCAUAUUUUGAGGGUUCAGCAGGACUGUGGCCUUCAGAAUGAAAAAACUAACAAGUGUGAUGGCAGUAAUAUGUUAAUUUGGUCUUAAUGGAUCAAACAGAAUGUGUGAAAAUAAAACGUAAGUGUUUUUCUUCUAAUGUU